CUAUGAGUUCUCUCUAAACCGUCAUCCGCCAUCUGCCGCAGUCAGUUAGCAGCUAGCGGAGCUCCAGCGGGAACGGAAAAUGGAGGACUGACCGAAGAGAGGGCAUUUCAUCGGUCGUUCCUGCUUGUAGAUCCUUUAACCUAGACCGAUGAUUUCUGGUGCAAGGCCUUUGUUUUGUUUGAAGAACAACUCAUCACUGCUGAACCGCAGACAUUCUGUUUGAAAGUAGUGAUUGACUCCAUCAUCUAUGGAGGAGAAUGCGAGCUCUCUAGCUCCUGAGCCAGAGCAGAGCCAGGAACCUAUGGAUACCUGCUCUCAAGGUUUUGGAGAAGGGACUAGAGAGCAGAAAGAACAGUUUCAAACCGAAAGCGAGAAUGUGGCCAAAGAGACACUAGAAGAGCCAGAUAAAUCUUCCAAGGCCAACAGUGAAGUAAAGAAGACCUGGAGUUUCCGACGGUCCACUGUUGCAAAGAGAGACAUGCCAGUGGAGGCAGCAACCGACAGCCAUGAUACCCGCUACCCUGUACGUCGCAGUGGCAGGCAGCCUAAGCGCACUAACAAACUAGAGGAAUUCCUCUCGACUGCCAAAAGAGUGACAAGAAGGAGCGCCCCUCCUAGUCUGGAAAGCGGAGAUCCUCCUUCCCAAACCCCAACUGAUGCAGAGACCGCCUCAGAGGCCAGCUUUGAUGGUAACGCUGACGCAAAGACUGUAGAGGACAAGGUAGAGUCCCCAGAGAGGAGGACGAGAAGCGUCACAAAGAACCAGAUCCAAAAGAAAAAACGUGGCAGACCACGUAAAGUGAUAGUCAAAGAUGAGGAAAGCUCUGAGAAUGAGGAAGACAGCAGAGACUCUGCCAAGAAGGACCAGUUACCGGAUAAAGAUGAGGAGAAUAAAGAUGAAAAGGGUAAUCCCAGUCCUGAAGACGUAGGGAGCACUACUGCAGUACAGCCUCAGCCAGAGCAGGACUCUGAGAAGAAAGAGGUUGUUGAGGAGCAGAACGAACACGAAGAUGAAAAUGACAAAUCGGAAACAGAGGAGAGCGAUGAUGAGACGGACGAGGAAAGCACAGACAAGCCUGCGGCAGUGUUGGUCAAACGUGGACCAAUAAGAACAUACAUCAAUAAAAAGAGGGCAGCCAAUAAGAACGCCACCCCCGUUAAAGGUCCUGCUGCUGCCAACAAGAUCGCCACUUCUGUCAAGACCAAGCUGAGAACUACACAAGCUUCUGGAAUGACAAACAAGCCCCGGACACAAGAGGACAAUGAUGACGAGAAUGACUCUUCAACGUCUUCGUCUUCAUCUUCCACGUCAUCAUCGUCCAUUGAUUCUGAUGAAGGAGGGUAUGACCCCAAUGCACUUUACUGCAUCUGUCGCCAGAAACACAACAAAAGUGUGCUCACUAGGUUCAUGAUCUGCUGUGACCGCUGCGAGGAGUGGUUCCAUGGUGACUGUGUUGGGAUCACUGAGGCCCGCGGGCGUCUGAUGGAGAGAAAUGGGGAAGACUACAUCUGCCCCAAUUGCACCGCUAAGAAAAACCAGGUGGUGAGGCCCGCCACGUCUAACCUCUCUACGAGUAUAGAUCUCGGAAAGCCCAAAGCUCUGACUUCUACUCUCGUUGCUUCUGCUGUUCCCUCUGGCGAGAAAACUAUCAUCGGUGGGUUAGACGUCAGUCUGUUGGCGGUUCAGGCUGUGGCGCUACCUCUGUCCUCCACUCCUGGAACGUUAAUAGAGGACCAGGGCAUCAAAGGCAGGAUAGAGAAAGCUACUAAUCCAACGGGGAAAAAGAAGAUAAAGAUCUUUCAGCCGCAGGCCUUACAGCAGUCAGCCCAAGCAAAAGCAGCCCAGAAACUGGCCCCGACCACGGAGAAGAAGGUGGCACCCACAGCAGAGCAGAAAGCGCUACCAGUCGCAGCGCAGAAAGUGGCGUCAAACGUGGAGGUGAAAACAACACCAACGGCGGAGGUGCCGGAGGAGAAGGCCGUGCAGAAGGCCGAGGAUGAUUCUUCCCUUCCCAAAUGUAUCGGGCCUGGCUGUGAGCAGAACGCCCAACAGGACUCUGUGUACUGUGGCAACGACUGUAUCCUGAGACAUGCUGCUGCGACCAUGAAGUCCAUCACUGAUGUCAAAGAGCCCAAACAGAAGGACAAGGCCAAAGCUCAGAAAACCAGGUCUACACCAAAGAGGGCCGCCGCUGGUGGGAAGAAGACGCAGAAGAAGACUCAGGAGGAGUCGGACAGCGAGGAAGACGACAGUGCUGAUCCAGAUGAUGAGGAUGGUGAAGAUGAGCAUGCUGAGGAGCACCCGCCCCCGCCGGCCACCGCGUCCUGGUCCAGCGACCAUAAUUACAUUGCAGUAACACCAGAAAAGACUACACCCAUAUCACCAACAGUGUUAAACAAAAAGUCCCCCCCUAAAGAAGAGAAGCAGAGCGAGAAGGAACCAACCCCGGCUCCUGAGAUUCCUCCAGCGUCCGCGACACCAGUCAAAGGAAACAAGAAGUCCCCGGCUACUAAAGCAGCCAAGGUUUCCCCGAAGGGCAAGAAGCCGUCCCCUCAGACCACCGGCUCAAAGGCGUCCAAGAAACCCGCGACACCCCCGAGUAAAACCGCGGCAAAGUCCAAGAAACCAGGGCAGUCGGCCGUCCAAACCCCAUCUCGCUACCCUCCAGGUCCGAUCCACGUCACAGGAGCGCUGAGAGUCCAAAAGUCGAACUUUACCAUUCCUAAGAAGCAGCCGCAACAAAAGGAGGCUCCGACCCCUCCCAAGAUCACCCCGCCCCCCAGAGUCAAACCAUCUCCAGUCGUUUCAGCUCCCCCCAUCCACUCCAGACCUCCACAUCCAAUUGCUUCAGCUCCCCCCAUCCACUCCACAUCCUCCAGACCUCCACAUCCAGUUGUUUCAGCUCCCCCGAGCCACUCCACAUCCUCCAGACCUCCACAUCCAGCCGCUUCAGCGCCCCCUGUGGUCCCCUUUCCGCUGCCAGUCAACAACCAGAUGAGAACGAACAUCCGCCGCUCGCUGACGGACAUCAUCUUUAAGAGGGUGAGCGACAGCGAUGAUCUGAGCAUGACUGAGUACGAGGUGGCGAGGCUGUCAGUUGCCAUUGAAAAGGAAAUGUUCAACCUCUGCCUUCACACUGACAGCAAGUACAAGAACAAAUACAGGACUCUCAUGUUCAACCUGAAGGAUCCUAAAAACAAAGGCUUGUUCUACAGGGUGGUGGGUCGGGAGGUUAGUCCCUACAGACUCGUGAGACUAACUGCAGAAGAGUUACUUUCCAAAGAGAUAUCUGAGUGGAAAAAGCCCGAAGUUGCUGAGGCGCCGUCUUCCAGUGCACGAACCCUUUCGGGUCUCUCCAAACUGGGCAACAGGCACGACUCUGGCUCUCUUAGCGUGGAUAUGGAGGAUGCGCCGCCAACAUCGGAUGGAGAUGUAUGUAUCUCUGCCACCACUUCAUCUACUCGCAUGGCUUCUGCUGCAGACCAAGAUGAGUCCAGCUCCACUCCUUCAGCUUCAGCUCAGCCCUCUACUGCGGAGGGGAACAGCGGCAGCAGCAUGCCAGACAUCUUCAGCACCAUGCUCAAAGACACCACGUCUGAACACAGGACUCAUCUAUUUGAUCUCAACUGUAAAAUAUGCACAGGUCAGAAGUCAGAAGAUGAGCCCGCAGCUAAGAAAGCCAAACUGACGGAGAAGCCUCCAUCCUUCCAGUCUAACACGGAGCCGGCUGUCCCAGAAUCACAGCCGCAGCUGGACCUCAACGUGCUGCCGCCUCCGCCCCAGGUCCCCGCAGCCAUCGUCCCCACCUUGUCCUCUGUCAGCAUCACCCGCAGAGACCCACGCAUGGCGAGGCUCAACUCCGCUGUGACCGUCACCUACCCUGCUCCAGAAAAACCCAUCAACAGCUCAGCAGAACCGCUCCCGGCUCCCGUUAGUGCUCCAGUGGACGUUGCACCCAAGGUUCCACUGCCGAUGCCCCCAGCGCCACCGUCUUCAGUAGCUGCAUCCAAAACAGCGAAAACAAGUACGUCCGAGCCUUCUCCUGAGGGUGAGACAGCAAUCUUCCUCCAUGGCCAAGAGAAGAUUUGGAAAGGAAUAAUCAACAUGCAGGCUGUGGCCAAGUUUGUGACCAAGGCUUAUCUGGUGUCAGGAGCCUUUGAAUACCUGAAGGAGGAUUUGCCAGACACCAUUCACAUUGGAGGACGGAUAUCUCCGAGCACAGUGUGGGACUACGUCGGGAAGCUGAGAACUUCGCUCUCCAAGGAGCUGUGUCUGAUCCGCUUCCAGCCAGCCACAGAGGAAGAGGAGGUGGCAUAUGUCUCUCUCUUCUCUUACUUCAGCAGCAGGAAAAAAUUUGGUGUGGUGGCCAACAACAACCGUCGAAUCAAAGACCUCUAUCUCAUUCCACUGGGCUCAAAGGACCCAUUACCCUCCAAACUCUUACCGUUUGAUGGGCCAGGGCUUGAACCAGCUCGUCCCAAUCUCCUCUUGGGGCUGCUGAUCUGCCAGAAGGACAGAAAGCGUUCUGGUGCUCCGUUGGAAUCGGAGGAAAAGCGGUCCAAGACUCAAAUCAAAGAUGUCGAUGACACUGGCCUUCCAAAGCCAUCUGCUUCAGUCAGAGCGGAGAGAAGCGCACGACAGAGUCUUGAAAUUCCCUUUAGCAAAACUUCUCCAGGGUCACCUCCAUCUAUCUCCUCUGAGACGUCAAGCAGCAGCGUAGCCACCCCCUCAGUCCUGUCCCUUUUGUCCUCUGUCAAAGCCCCAUCCACUACCACCGGCAAGGACUCCCCAUCCUCAUCCAGCUCUGUUGCUUCCUCUGCACCAACUGCUACUCCUCUUCAGACCAUCCUCAACUCCCUUUUCGGGAAGAAAAAGCACGACUCCGAAGCUUCCAACUCUCCGUCUGAUCAGGGUGGGGAACUCUCCAUCCCGCCCGCUACGAUGCUCGACCCCAUUGUGCGGCAGUAUGCACAUAGUUCUAAAGAGCAACCGGUGGAGGAGGAAGAAGAUGAAGAUGACCGACCGUAUGAUCCAGAAGAAGAGUAUGACCCCAGUAGGGGCUACAAUGUGCCUAAGAAGCCUGUUGAGUUAGUAAGCAAACCUGAAAUCUCUAAGCAGCCUGAGGUGGUUGAGAAUGAAGGUGAUGAUGUGGCAUAUGACCCAGAGGAUGACUCCAUUUUUGAUGAUGUUAAACCUGUAGUACCAAGUCAAGCUAAGGUUGCAACUGAAGCUAUAGCUGAUCCACAAAAGAUCUUGGAGAGCCUUAAACAGAUUGGGGAUCAGGCACUCCAGAAACAGGAACAACAGCAAAUGUCAUCUACAGGGACACCUGUUGCCUCGUUGCCACUUCCAGACACACUCUUAACUACCAAAUCCCUUUUGGCCAACACGCAGCUACUGCAGCUCGGCAAAAAGGUUGAGGAACUAAUGAAGUCUUCAUCGGUUGCCCCCUUGAUCAACCAGAGGAGAGAUCCCCGACAGACCAGGGAUCCUCGCCAGUCUGUCAGCGACAAGACAUCGACUGAUGAACCUGAGGAGCAAGAGGAGACACCUGCUCCGUUGGUGGAUCCUACUCCUGUCUCACAGCCUGUGGUCGAAGAGCCUCAGCCGUCUAAAGUAACUGAACUCCCAGACUCCUCCCAAGGCCCAGAGACAUCACCGCCUCACGAGGAAGUGAAAAGCGAGACACUACCCUUCAUGGAGUCGGACGAGGAGUCGGUAGCAAUUCCGUUAUUAGGAGAGGAGGUGGAACCUGAUAUGGAGGACAACUACAUGGAUGAGACGGAAGCGAAAACCGAGGAAGCGGAGCCGAUCAAGGAAGAAACCGAGAUGGACAAGUACAGUAUUUGGCCAAAUGCUGCCAGUAUUUUAAAAGCUAGCGAGGACUCAGAUUAUGACGAGAAUAGCCAAGAUGCAGCAAGUUAUUACGAUGAGCCGACAAACACCUCUGCAGUAGCUUUGACAAUCCCAGUACUCACUCAGAGCUCAGCAAUGGUUGACACUCCCCGCUCGCUUGAGUCCCAUCACAUGCCGCGUCACAUGUCGGCGUCGAGCUUCGACAGCGAGUACAGACCUCCAGUUGACAUUCCCCCACCAUCCAACUUCCCCCCGCACCAUCAGAUGCAGGGACAAAGCCUGGUAAUGAGGCCUCCGCACAUGUCCAUGCCACCGCCCAUGCAGGGUCAUCCUCCAAUGUCAGGACCCCCUCCUAUGCAGAGACCCCCUCCACCCAUCCAUGUCCCCCCCCCUGUGCGUGGUCCUCUCCCCAUGCAGGGUGACAGCAGCCAGCAAUAUGGUCCACCUCCGACUGCAUACCCCCCCUAUCAGAACCAGUGGCCAGGCUCCCAGCCACCUCCGCAGCAGCAGCCUCCUCCUGGACCACCUCCUCAGAACAUCAUGCCACUCAGAGGACCACCACCACCAUUCCCUCCAAUGGCCCAGAGAGGCCCCGCUCCUCAAAUGUUUAAUCCCUCCAUUCCCCCACAGCACAUUGGACAGCAAGGCCUCCCUCCAGGCCUCCCCCCACCUCCUACUUUUGAUGGACAGAGCAGUUUAGCUCCACCAAGGUUCACUAGUCCACCACCACCAUUUAAUUUCCCUGCAAACAGAGGUCUUCCUCCACCUUUCACGGGGCCACCUCCCAGUCAGUUUGAAAACAGACUCCCUCCUCCGUCCCACUUCCCCGGGCCCAGGGGUCCCCCGCCCUCUCAGUAUGGUGACCGUGGGGCUCAACCCCCGAUGGUAAACCAACCUCGAGGCCCUGCAGAACAGUAUAACAGAGACAGUUCUAACUCUUUCAAGGUAAAUGUGGACCAGAAUCCAAACCCUCUCCAUAUUUUUAAAGACAAUCAUGGUCCCCCGCCUGGUCCAGCAUACCGGGGACCUCCACCGAACCAGUAUGAAGACAGAAGAGGCCCACCUUCCAGCAGCGAGAUAAGCAGACCGCACUUCAAUCCACAUAGCCAGUACGAAAGCUCAAGGCCACUCUCUUCACCACCACAUCGAGCAUCUUUCGAUGAGCACCGAGGUCCUCCGCCUCAGGAGAAUAGACCCCACCCUUCUCAGCGUUUUGGAGGAUCAGAGCGGUACCGCUUAGAUAGGCUAUCUGAUGAGCCUAGACCUGUUCGCCACAGUGGACCACUACUGCCAACUCCUCCAGAGGCUCCCAUAGGUCCUCCAAGUCGCAUGGGAGCCCACAGUCCAGACAUGCACCGGGACGACCCCUGGCGCCGCCUCUCUCCUGAAAUGAGGAGGAGGAGCAGCACCACCCGAGAGGACUCCGAACUCCGCAUCGCAGAUCGCUUCAGUCGCUUUGAAGGAGGGCACAGAGAACCUGCUCCUGGUUCCUCACAACCCUCUGAAGAGAGACAGAGGGAGCUGUCCGAGGACCGCCGGAGGGAAAGAGAGCGGGAAGGCCCCCUCCCCGGCAGACCGUCAUGGGACAGGGUCCCGGGGAAGCGGUGGAGCAGGGAGCGAGAGUGGGAUAGAGCCAGAGAAAGGGACCGCGAUCCAGAGCGUAGCCGAGAAAGAGACCGCGAUCCAGAGCGUAGCCGAGAAAGAGACCGCGAUCCAGACCGUAGUCGAGAAAGAGACCGCGAUCCUGAUCGUAGCCGAGAAAGAGAUAACGAUCCAAAGCGUAGCCGAGAAAGGGACCGCGAUCCGGAGCGUAGCCGAGAAAAAGAUCGCGAUCAGGAGCGUAGCCGAGAUAAAGAUCGCGAUCCAGCGCGUAGCCGAGAAAUAGACCGCAGCCGAGAAAGAGAGCGUGUGCAGGAGCCUGGCCGAGAAAGAGACCGCGAUCAGGAGCGUAGCCGAGAAAGAGACCGCGAUCCGGAGCGCACCAGAGAAAGAGACCGCGAUCCGGAGCGCACCCGAGAAAGAGAUCGAGAUCCGGAGCGUACCCGAGAAAAAGAUCGAGAUCCGGAGCGUACCCGAGACAAAGAUCGAGAUCCCGAGCGACCCCGAGAAAGAGAUCGAGAUCCGGAGCGACCCCGAGAAAGAGAUCGAGAUCCGGAGCGACCCCAAGAAAGAGAUCGAGAUCCGGAGCGACCCCAAGAAAGAGAUCGAGAUCCCGCGCAACCCCGAGAAAGAGAUCGAGAUCCUGAGCGACCUCGAGAAAGAGAUCGAGAUCCCGAGCGACCCCGGGAAAGAGAUCGAGAUCCUGAGCGACCCCGAGAAAGAGAUCGAGAUCCCGAGCGACCCCGAGAAAGAGAUCGAGAUCCGGAACGUACUCGAGAAAGAGAUCGAGAUCCGGAGCGUCCUCGAGAAAGAGAGCGCAGCAGAGGGAGGGAGGGCGAGAAGCACAGAGAGACGGAGGGAGAGCGACACAAGGAUCAAGACACAGACAAGAGGAGGGACCGGGAGAGAGACAGGGAAAAAGACAGAGCCAGAGAUUCUGACAAGAGGGACCACGACCGCGACAGAGGGAAAAACCGAGAUCGAGAACGCGACCGCGACAAAGACAGGAAACGGGACAAGUCCCGAAGCAGGGAACGAGACCGGGACAGAGACCGUGGGAAAGACCGGGGCAGAGACAGGGACAGGGAGAGAGAUAGAGACAGGGACAAAGACAAAGACAAAGACAGGGAUCGUCGGGACCGGAGCAGAAGCAGAGAAAAGAGAGAGGAGAAGAAGGACAGUAAACACGACGCAGCCAAGGAGAGAGAUAAAACUGCAGAAACUGACAAGAACGUGUCCUAGUCUCUGUUUUAUGGACACUACAUUACGGUUUUCAGAGACACUUCAUUCUUUCACCAGUUAAAAUCCAGUUGUAUCACUGUAAAUGUAGAUGAGCAGUAUUUUGUUAAAUUUCCAGUUGUGUUCAUACUAGAAAAAAAAAGUUUGACAUUGUUUGUAUUCUUUUUGUCACUUAAAGGUUUCUAACUUUGUUUUAUCACAUUUGAAGAACAAGAAAACUGAAGGCCAUCUAAGUUGCUUGUCUACAACAUGUAUAAAGUAGGUUACUGAGUCCUAUUACAUGUACCUUUUCACCUGUCCAAGCAGUUUUUUUUUUAAGAAAUCAAUAAUGUAACUGAGUAACACACCAUUUGCAAUAUGUAAAUAUGAAUGUAUUUCUGUAUAUACUGAUGUUUUUAAUCAUACUUUUCUAAGUAGAGAAAAUAAAAGCCAUAUAUCUGAGAUGGUUAAUGUGAAAGUAAAGGAAACACUGUUGACACACCAGUGUGUGUUUAUAUGUCCAGCAGCAUUGAACUUUAAAGGCUCUAACUAUCUACGGUAUACACCCCAUCAAUGGUUGUCAAUGAAAUGUCCUGAUUUUGUUUCAGCUCAACCAAUUAAACCCAUUUGAUGACAUCUA